UUUACUGUCUAACACUUUCACUUCCUCUGCUAGGAGAAAAUCCACCUGCGUUUCAGUUUGAUUUGCUCAUAAAUCCUGCAAGAUUUCCUACUGUACAGAAAAGACGUCACAUUCACAGCACUAGUGGACAUUCCAAGAUCUGUGGCAUGGACUGCACUGCAGGAGAAAAUUAAUGCUCACUCACAAGAAAACAGUGCAGCUUGGAAAAGGAGAGAUCUCAUUCUUUGAAUGCAAUGAACUGAAAAGAUAGACUAUUGUAAUGUAAUGGUAAGUCUGGGGUAGCUAGAGAAGCAGCAUCAUCAGUCAAAAACAAACAUUACUUUACAUGUCACACGUUCUGCAGCAACGGUCUCAAAAGUUCCUUGUUUUUGCAUGUACAGUAUGAAGCUAAUUGGACAUGUAAAAUAAAGUCAUUGGUAAACGGCGAGCACCACUCAAAAGACAAGCCUAGUUUUUUAAUCAACUGCUAAGAUAGUUACCUAAGAGGAUUGUGUUGUGUCCUGCAUUAUUUCCCAGAACAGGAGCAAAUGUGGGAUCUUGGAACUAUGCAUGCUGUUUGGUUAUAAAGAAUAGAUGAGAACUGACAAUGUCGAUUGAGUGACACUGACAGAGAACAUGGAUCGGAGGCCAUCCUCUGCACAGUCAACUGUCACAUCCAUAUACAUACAAGCAACACUACAGGGAGGAGCUCCGUGGGGAUUUACUCUACAAGGCGGACUAGAGCAUGGAGAACCACUAACCAUCUCCAAGAUUGUGGAAGGAGGUAAAGUGAAUGUGCAGAAGUCCCGACUUCAAGUGGGAGAUGAAGUGGUUAGAAUCAAUAAUGUGGAACUGAGCAGUUCAAGAAGGGAAGCCGUCUCACUUGUGAAAGGAUCAUACAAAAGCCUCCAGCUGGGUGUACGGAGGUACAAAUGAAACAAAUAUUUACUUGACAUUAUUUAUCACAUGCCUUUUCCUGCGUUGAUAUCCCUGAUACUAUCACCACUGACUGAAGGCUUGUCCUGUUGUGCACAGCUACUUUUAUGAACUUUUUUGGCUUUAUAUACAACUUGUUGCUGUACAUACUUUGUUUUGAAAGAGAAAAAUUAUGUUUAAAAAAAAAUGAUCACAAUAUUUACAUAAAAAGUAGUUUGCCUUUCAUGUUAUUC